CUUUAAUUUAAUCUAACAUACGCUUAUAACCUCCUUCCAAUCUUGAAUUGUGUCACUCUUGUUGGCCACAUCAGGCCCGAUCUCACGCGCAGAAUGGCUUCACCAGCACAAGCUACGAGGCGCAGAUCCAGCCGCUUCGGAUCAAUUCGAUCGGAGGACUGGCCUGAGGAGGUCAACGUUUCGCUCUCCCCAAGCGGCGAGCGGAAGCAUAUCAAUGGAGAUGCACGAAACGCCGGGGUUAAAAUCUUGAAUGAUGGCCGACUUGAUAUAAAGAUCAACGAGCAUAUGCCACAGCUCGCGGGUCUAUUAACUCGCAUCCAAACCUCAACUGCGGCACAGGAUCUAGAAGAUCUAGAGGCCAAGGAGACCCCAGAACCAAUACCAAAAGAUAAGGGCAAAGACUUCCCACUGAAGAUGAAUAUCGUCAUUCAAGUCAUCGGAUCUCGGGGUGAUAUCCAACCGUUCCUUGCGCUGGGAAAAGAGUUGAAGGCAUAUGGACAUCGUGUACGGCUAGCAACCCACCUCAUUUUCCGGGAGUUUGUACUUGAGGGCGGCUUGGAGUUUUUCAACAUCGGUGGUGACCCCGAGGAGCUGAUGGCGUUCAUGGUUCAAAAUCCAUCCCUACUCCCCGCAUUCAGAACGAUUCGCAGCGGUGCCAUCCAGAAACGCCGGCGCGAAAUGAAGGAAAUUAUAUAUGGCUGUUGGAAGUCAUGUAUAGAAACAGGUGACGGUACAGAUCUGCAUCAAAUCAAGGAGGAUCUCUGGAGUGACACGGUGGACUAUCGUCGAAGGCCGUUUAUUGCUGAUGCAAUAAUCGCUAACCCGCCCAGUAUGGGCCAUAUUCAUUGCGCACAGAGGCUGGGGAUUCCACUUCAUAUGAUGUUCACAAUGCCCUGGUCAGCUACCCAGUCAUUUCCGCAUCCUUUGGCAGUUCUCCACCCGCAGGAUUGCAAGCCAACAGUUGCAAACCUCGUGUCUUAUACAGUUGUAGAUAUGAUGAUUUGGGAGGGAUUGGGAGAUCUUGUCAACUCGUGGCGGAAGAAGUGCCUCGCACUCGAUUCGUUAGAUUCGAUCACGGCGCCGAAUUUGCCCUCGCGUCUCGGCGUUCCAUUCUCAUAUCUGUGGUCGCCCGCAUUGUUACCAAAGCCACGCGAUUGGGCUGACAACAUCGAUAUUUGUGGGUUUAGUGUGCUUCCUACGAAGUCAGACUACAAACCCCCAAAAGAGAUCGACGAUUUUCUCAAAGCAGGGCCCACUCCACUCUACGUUGGAUUCGGCUCGAUUGUGGUAGAAAAUCAAAUCAAACUAACUCAAAUCGUGUUCGAAGCGAUAAAAAAUGCCGGACAGCGUGCGAUCAUUUCAAAGGGCUGGGGAAAUCUUGGAAUCGACGAUGUCGACGUGCCAGAUAAUAUCCUCAUCGUCGGCAGCGUACCACAUGACUGGUUAUUCCAGCACGUAUCAUGCGUGAUUCACCAUGGUGGUGCCGGUACCACUGCCGCAGGGCUUUCUCUUGGGCGUCCGACUGUUGUCGUUCCCUUUUUCGGAGAUCAACAGUUCUGGGGAGGAAUUGUUGCGAUGGCUGGGGCUGGGCCGAUGCCUGUACCUCACAAGCUACUCACAGUUGAGAAGUUGACGGAGGCAAUCCAGACGGCAUUGAAACCUUCAACUCAAGAGAAGGCGCAAGCAAUUGCGGACAAGAUGCGGAAAGAGUCUGGUGUGAAGGAUGGGGUACGCAGCUUUCAUCGGCAUCUUAACUUGAAGACUUUGCGAUGUGCAAUAUGUCCCACUCGCCCUGCUGUGUGGCACAUUAAGCAAACUUCCAUUGGGCUCAGUACUUUUGCUGCAGCCGUACUGGUAGAAGUAGGGGCUAUCAAACCAGAGAAUGUCACUUUGAACCGAGCAUCGGAAUACGACACAUACCGGAAUCCUGUAGGCCCUCUCAGUGCGGGAGCUCAGGUACUAGUUGGAGCCAUUGCGAACCUCGUGACUGGAAUGGGCGAGGUCCCUUAUGACAUUGUUUCGGAUUUUGUCGACGCCGGUCGUGCAAUUAAUCAUACUCGUGGACGCAGUAAUACCUCAUCAAGGUUUUCAUGGAGAAAAUCCCGCAGAAGUCAAGAUUCGGACCUGGAUAGUGAUGAGGAGCAGUAUCAUGAAUCUGCCGAGUAUCAUGAGCCUACCGAGUCCCAGGGACUUGGCCGGUCAAAUUAUGAUAAUAAUGAUGAGAUAAGCCUCGACACGAAUGACAACGAGAACGACAACGUGAGACACAACAGAAUGAACGAAAAUUUACCAGCUAGUGCCACUGGCCAGAGACAAGGCAUGCCGAUUGAUCAGUCACAACUGUUGAGCUACAUAGAGUCACCCAAGGGGCAUGGAGUUAUCUACGAAAUACGCACUCACGGCAGUCGAAUGUCGAAGAAGUUCCUGAAAACCAUUCUUUGGCUUCCAACGGACGUGACUCUCAGCUUGUCCAAGGGGUUCCACAACGCGCCGAUGCUGUACCACGACCGAAUGGUCAAAGAAAUGCCGAAGGUUAUCGGUUUCCGGAGUGGACUCGGGGCAGCUGGAACGGAACUUCGAGAUGGGUUUUACUACGGUAUCACGGGCUUGGUCACCCAGCCUCAGUAUGGUGCUAAGCACCAAGGAACGAAAGGAAUGGUCAAGGGAAUUGGAAAAGGGAUUGGCGGUGUUUUCUUUAAGCCAACAGCAGGUCUCUGGGGGCUAAUUGGAUAUCCUUUGGUUGGACUUCGCAGAAAGCUUCAAAAAUCGUUAGGCAGGACCCAGGAGCUUUCUAUUAUUGCAUCUCGGAUAGCGCAAGGUAUUGAAGACAUGCGAGCAGCUACCGCCGAUGAACGGGCGGAGGUUGUUCAAAAAUGGCGCCUUCUUGAACAGGAGCUUCGUGUCUCUUACUGACGAGAUCUUUCAAACAACAAACCACACUGCGCUCACUAUAAUUCUUCUGAUACUAACGGCCACUCA